CAGGUAAGGGUUAGGGCGUGUGUGAGUCUUAGGGAGGGCAGGAUUUUAUUUAAAUACAAGCAUCUUCAUAUCACUACCUCAGUGUCGACUCAACACUGGUUUUAGGAGUUCAGAAAAAAUGUUUUUCUUCCUGUCCUUCACUUUGAUCUGCACUAGCAGUCUGGCAAGUGCUUCUACGAUAGCCUUCUCCUACUCUGCUUCUGUUGGUAAUGGUGGCGGCAUUUCGUAUGCCACAGAGGGGAAUGGGAGGAUAACGGCCAUCAGAGUCUGGGAGAGACCCAACUCAUUUGUCACCAGUCUCCAGGUCUGCUAUGACUACAUUUGGUCUGAAAGGAUUGGAAAAGCAGGAGGAAAUUUACAAGAGAUGCAACUUUAUGAUGAUGAGACCAUUAUUCAGGUCUCUGGCAAACACAGCAACUUCAUCUUUCAGCUGGUUUUUGUGACUUCCAGAGGCCGUUUCUUUUCUGCAGGCUCUCCAACAGGGUUCUCCUUUCACUUCUACCCGACUGACGGUAAGGCAGGGCUUCGUCUGCUGAGCGGCCGCUACACUAGUUCUGGGAUAACUUCACUGGGAGCCCACUGGGGAGAGGUCAUCACGAAUCAGUACAGAGGAAGUAGAAGAUGCUAGAACCUAAUGCAUGAUUUUAACUGUGCUUUGUGAGCAUGAACUGUAACUAUAAAGCUAUAUGUUGUAUUAUGUAAGCAGUGUGAUAACUGGGACAUGUAUUAACAAAUGGGAAUAGUGUUGCCUACUUCUUCAUUAAGACGGAAAAAGGGUCAAUCGUUGGUUUAUACUGUACAUAAAAUACAAGGCAUUGUGAUUUUUUGAGGUGCAGUUUAACACAAAGAAUGUACAAAUCAUGUUUUUAUAGCGAUUCUUGUGCUUUAAGUUAA